CCUUUUCAGUUGCGUUCGCGUUCCCCAGCAGUUCAGAUGGCCACGCGGCCGGAUCUAAGAUGAGCUUUGCGUUGCUGCCGUGCGGUACUCGGUACUCGUCCUCGUCCUCGUACUCAUCCUCGUACUCAUCCUCGUCCUCGCCUUCGCCUGCGUCUUCGUCCUGCUCGUCUUCGUCCUGUUUUUCGGACGUCGUGAGUGCGGUGGCAGCUGGUACUACUACCACUACUCAUACUCCUGCCGUGGUCCCAAAAACAACUGCAAAUAAGGCCCUUGUGCUGGCUUAGCCACAAAAAAUGAAAGUGAUUUAUAUGGCCAAAUGAAAUAUGCUCGCCUAAGUGAACCGACCAGGCCGGAAUCGAGUCAAUUAAAAUUCAAUUAUGCGACCAAAGAUGAAGGAGAGGCCGCGCAAGCGUUUGAAAAUUCGACCGCUGGACUCCUGACUGAAAUCCAAAGUCUAAACUGCCAUUUAAAGUGUGUUCCCAAGCAUAAUCCGAGCAAUCGAUCAUAUCAGCAGAGCCCCAAGCACAUAUCGUGAAAAGAGAAACCAUCCCUGUGCCACACUUAUCAACUACAAGGAUAAUAUAGUACGCCAGAUAUCAGAACUGCAAUUACUUUUACCCUUUUUCUGCUUGUUGCAAUUGUUAUAUUGUCGGCAUUGGAAUCGUCGUCGUUGUUAUUUUCGCGUUGCGUCUGCCGGUUGUAAAAGUUCAAGAAGUGGUGGAAAAUCGAAACUUAACCCCCACCUAAAAAACUCCACUCGCCGAGCUUGAUCGAAUGGAAAUCAAUCAAUUGCACAAUGCCAGAGUGCAGUGCGGUGUGAAAAAGUGAAUUAAUUGCACAGCACGACGUCAAAGCUAAGAAACAUACCGAACAGCAAUUUAACAAUAAAAUAUAGUAAAAAAAACGCAAAGAAAGAACCCACAUAACAUGGCUGUCAUUUGUAAUUACAAAUGAGCCUGAAAAAGUAGCAUACAUAACUCACAAUUACAAUAAAUUUAAAAGCAAAACUCAUACCUAUAAAUAAAGCAAAGUAUUUGCAAUUAAAUUAUCUGUGAUUUUUGUCAACAUAUUGAAAACAUACUUAUAUAAUUCGCGCUCGCGUGCAUAAAUACAGUUCCCGUGUCCCAUAAUUUAACGUGAAUAGUGAGUGAGGUUUGAGUGCGUUCGGCUUAAAGGCAAUUCGAUUCGUCGCCGGUUGUUCGUUCGUUAUUCGUUGUUCGUUUCGUUUGCAUUUGAUUUCGUAGUGCUUUAAGUGUUGUAUAUCAAAUCGGUGUCGAAUCGGGACGUGUAAAUAUCGUAAAAAUGGCAAUGGUUAUAUCGACGCGAGCCAAGCUCGUGAUUACCGCGCUGAUUCUCUUCUUCCUGCUCGGCAUCGUCCUCGUAACGGGCUCCACAAAGGGAUGGUUCAAUCCCAACCGCUUCAACGGCGAACGGGUGGCAGCUAGGAUUCAGGAAAUGGAUUCCCUUUUUGUUGAAGGAUCUGGAGAGAGUAUUCCCUUCGAAGAUUCAACGGAAGUGAAUCUUGAAAGUGAGGAUUUUUGGAAUUCAGCCGAUGAGGCGACAGACAUCUUCGACGCCAGUGGAAUGCAGCCCCCGGGACAGACGCAGUACACGCACGAGAGGCCGUACCGCGGCAUCAAGGGCGAGAAGGGCGAGCGGGGGCCCAAGGGCGACAGCAUUCGCGGUCCGCCGGGACCGCCGGGUCCGCCCGGGCCCAAAGGUGAGACGGCCGCCUAUCCGCCCUUUGUGGAGACUACGAGUGCGGGGGCUAAAUACACUGGCGAGUGUACAUGUAAUGCGUCUGAUAUCCUAGAGGCCAUCAAGGACAAUGAGUCGUUGCGGGAAACGUUGCGAGGAGUGCCCGGAACGCCGGGCAAGGAUGGAAAGCCAGGUACCCCUGGUCACACCGGAGCCACCGGAGUGCCAGGAGCUCGGGGCGCCCGGGGGUCCGAAGGUGCCCAGGGGCUGAAGGGCGAGCCAGGCGUCGACGGACUGCCCGGAGUCGUGGGUCCGCCGGGACCACCGGGUCCGCCUGGUUUGCCCGAGAAUUACGAUGAAUCCCUAAUGGUCAACUCGAUGGGCACAUUCCGGGGCACGACGCAGCCGGGGGCCAAAGGUGUGUCCGGCGAGAAAGGUGAUGCCGGCCCGAAAGGAGAACGCGGCGAUCCGGGUCACAAAGGUGCGCACGGACCCAGCGGCGCAAAGGGUGAGCCCGGCGAACCGGGAACACCGGGACUGCCGGGAUUGCCGGGCCAGGCCGGACAGCCCGGCGGACUCGAGGGCCUUGCCAGCGUCAACGUCAACGGGACCAAGGGCGAGAAGGGCGAGAAGGGCAUGCGGGGACGGCGCGGUGGCUCCGGCCCCACUGGACCCAUCGGACCGCCCGGAAAACCCGGCGCCAUGGGCGAUAUUGGACACUCGGGGCGCCCUGGGAUGACAGGACCAAAGGGUGAGAUGGGUCCCAAGGGACCAAAAGGCGAUACCGGCGGACGCGAAGGGGUCAAGGGUGACAAAGGAGACCGAGGUCAGGAUGGUCGCGAUGGCUUGCCAGGACCUCCUGGAAUGCCCUCAACCGGAGGAGGUGAUGGGGAUAGCAGCGGAGUGCAGUACAUUCCAAUGCCAGGACCUCCAGGACCGCCGGGACCACCAGGACUACCGGGUCUCUCAAUUUCGGGGCCGAAAGGAGAUCCCGGAAUGGAUUCGCGCAGUCCCUUCUUUGGCGAUGCCUCAUAUUACGGCCGACCAGGAGCGCGCUCAUCCUUAGACGAACUCAAAGCACUGCGAGAACUGCAAGAUCUGCGCGAUCGGCCUGAUGGCACAGCCGAGACUCCCCGCCAGACAGGACAUUCCCACAAACAUGAGGAGACCCUGGGGCUCAUGGAGGGCGAGGAGCCCACCUACUCGGCCUCCUCGUCAAAUAUGAACAUGAAGAUUGUGCCCGGCGCAGUCACCUUCCAGAACAUCGAUGAAAUGACAAAAAAAUCUGCCCUCAAUCCGCCGGGCACGUUGGCCUACAUCACCGAAGAGGAGGCGCUUUUGGUGCGCGUCAACAAGGGCUGGCAGUAUAUUGCGCUGGGAACCCUGGUCCCGAUAGCCACGCCCGCCCCGCCCACCACGGUGGCUCCAUCGAUGCGCUUCGACCUGCAGUCGAAGAACCUGCUCAACAGUCCACCGCCUCUGAUCAAUACGCCCACGUUUACAACCGCGCCCGAAUACGAAACGUGGUAUCCGCGAAUGCUCCGCGUGGCGGCGCUGAACGAGCCCUCCACCGGCGAUUUGCAGGGGAUCCGAGGGGCGGACUUCGCCUGCUAUCGGCAAGGACGACGGGCAGGUCUUCUGGGCACCUUCAAGGCAUUCCUCUCAUCCAGGGUACAGAAUCUGGACACGAUUGUCCGUCCGGCUGACCGGGAUCUGCCCGUGGUGAAUACGCGUGGCGAUGUGCUCUUCAACUCCUGGAAGGGCAUUUUCAACGGCCAGGGCGGUUUUUUCUCGCAGGCGCCGCGAAUCUACAGCUUCAGUGGCAAGAAUGUGAUGACGGAUUCGUCCUGGCCCAUGAAGAUGGUCUGGCAUGGUUCGCUGCCGAAUGGAGAGCGUUCCAUGGACACGUACUGCGACGCCUGGCACUCGGGUGACCACCUGAAGUCCGGCUAUGCCAGCAAUCUGGACGGGCACAAGCUGCUCGAGCAGAAGCGCCAGUCCUGCGACAGCAAGCUGAUCAUCCUGUGCGUGGAGGCCCUGUCGCAGGAUCGCAAGCGGAAGAGGCGGGACCUAGGCGGCACCAGCUACCGCAACAGUCGCAGUUACAGUCACAGCCACGACGAGAGUGAAAGUCUGGAGUUCAGCACGGCCGAGGAGUAUGCAGCGCAUUUAGAAAAUUUACUGCUGUAAGCGGAACCGGAAGGAAGAACAAGAAGCGGGUCACACCAAACCAUUCUCAUACAUAAAGAAAACAAAUCACAGCACACACGUACAUACAUUGAAUGUAAACGUAAAUCAUGGCCAUGCAUAUAAUCAGCGAAUUCCAAACAAAAACCAAAAAGAGAAUACUCAGACGACAGUUGGAUGUUGCAUAUAAAUACAUACUUAUAUUAACCAUACGCAUACACACACUAUUCGUAGGUAAUGUCUAAUAUAUUUCUACACAUAUCUCAUAAACGCAAAUAAUAUUGUGGAUAUAUAUGAGUUGUACUCUAUGUUCAGGACAAGGCAACAAACAGCAAACAGCAAUUUUUGUACAAGCAGGAAACGUAUUCGUAGUUUGUAAUCUGUAAUUUGUAAUUUGUAACUUGUAACUUGUAACUUACCGAUAGCCGGACUAAUGUAAUUUUUGUAAUUACGUAAGCUCACAAGCCCGACACAGCAGCGGAUCACCCAGUCGCCUCCGCCUACGCAAUACUGGCCAAAUUAGUAUCCUACUUAGCUCGUAUGGCAAUGCACCCAAAAUUCGAGAAUCGAAAUGCGAGGAGCUCUUUCACAAGGACCCUGUAUAUGCGUGUAUAAAUGUGUAUUUUUGUCAAAAGACUUCUAGGUGUGUGUAUAUUAUAAGAAACCCAAGUGGGUACGAUACGAACCGUUUUUAACUAUCGCAUGCAGCCCUUUCUGCCCGAUUUCUACUCCUAAAGUAGGCCUGAGAUUUUCUACAGUGUAGCCCGCGAUUCCAACAAUACUCGAAAAUGAAAUCGAGAUCUGAAUCCAGAUCGCAGUUUUUAUAUGCAUCAUAUGAGAACCGAUAAUGAAAUUAUAGCAUAAUCCGCAGACACAUACUCGUACAUACAUGCACAUCAGUGGAUGGUAAAUUCGUAAUUUAUUGUCAUUCGAUAACGAAUACUUAACUAAAUUCUAAUUAUAAUUAUAAUUACUGAGCAUAGUUAGUUACAUAAUAAUUUCUUUUUGCAUUUAACCAAUGCAUUUCCAACUACAAAAUUUGUAAUGUAAUUAAACGUAAUUGUAAUGGCAGUUAAGGUAUUAAUUUAAAACAAUAAACCACAAACGCAGAGCACGAAGCGGAUGGCGCGGUAGCCAGCCGCAAGGUGACAUUAUAUAGUACGAUUAAAGUAAAUAUAUAUUUAGUGAAAUCAAAACUGAAGUGCAGAACCCUCUAGUCCUAAGCCUAAAAUAUGAAGAAAAGAGAGUGUAACAGAGAUACAUAAUAGCAUAAUAUAAUUGAAUAAUAAGAAACAAUAAAAAGUAAACUAUCAAAUGCAA